UAUAAAUCCAAUUUCAUCAUAAACGUUAUUUAAUUGCACUGCUAAAACCUGUGGCCAUGGGGAAUUGCCUAGUUCACCAAGAAAAGAUGAUAAAGGUGAUGAGAUCUGAUGGAAAAGUUCUGGAAUAUAAAUCACCCAUCAAAGUGGAGGACGUUUUGUCAGAAUUUUCGGGGCAUUCACUCUCCGAUUCGCUUCCAGAAAUCAGGAAACUGAGGCCGGAUGUUAAACUUGUUGGUGGGAACUUGUACUUUCUAGUACCAAAAGUUGAGAAAAAGAAGGUGAGGUUUUCGGAUCAGAAGGCGGCCGGAGAUGGGCAAGGAACCGCCGGUAUUGUGAGAAUAAAGAUGGUUAUCAGUAAGCAAGAAUUGCAGGAGCUGAUGCAAAAGGGAGGAGUUUCAGUUGAGGAUAUGAUUUCUCAAAAAAAAAAUGAAGCUGAAUACAGCCAAGUGUGGAAGCCGGAGUUAGAAAGCAUACCAGAAGUAGACUAGUAAUUAAAAAAUAGUUAGUAUAAUCAAAAUCAAAUGAUAGAUACUGGCAAAAAGCCAUAAACAUAGUUUAGUUAUGACUAGAUCUGUAACAAAGAUUUAAUACAAAAAACUGUUUGG